UAAGAGCUUAUUUUUGUUCUCAUGGACGUGUUUGUAUAAUACAUUUUAUUGUUCACUUAAAAAAAACUAGCCUGUAGGCACUUUAUUUUAAAUUGCAUGGAAAUUUUAUAGUGUUAAUAAUGUCGUGGUGAAAUACACCGAUGGAAUCUCGCUGACAUGGAGACCACGCCGCUGCUCAGGCCACGCCCCCAGUGCGUCUCCGGUGUCCGUGGAAACCGUCGCGAGCGUUCACCGGCCGCUCUGUACACACGGCCUUAGCUAAAGACACUUGCCCUCCAGUACUGAUGACGAAGACUGGGAGUAAAUACUCAAGCAUAAUGGAGGCCGAAGUUCGAGAGCAACAUGAAUGACAAGUACCACAGGGCAGCGCGAGAUGGCUACCUGGACCUGCUGAAAGAGGCCACGCGGAAGGAUCUGAACGCGCCAGAUGAAGAUGGCAUGACACCGACGCUAUGGGCCGCGUACCACGGAAACCUGGACGCGUUAAGGCUCAUCGUGGCGAGAGGAGGGAAUCCUGAUAAGUGUGACAUAUGGGGGAACACACCGCUCCACCUGGCCGCUUCCAAUGGCCAUCUCAACUGCCUGUCCUUCCUGGUGUCCUUUGGUGCAAACACAUGGUGUCUAGACAAUGACUACCACACGCCUCUGGACAUGGCUGCGACCAAGAACCACAUGGAUUGUGUACGCUACCUGGACUCCAUUGCUGCCAAGCAGACAGCACUCAACCCCAAGCUUGUGGCCAAGCUGAAAGACAGAGCCUUCCGUGAUGCAGAACGUCGCAUCAAAGACUGUGUCAAGAUGCAGCGCAAGCACCACCGCCGCAUGGAGCGCAAGUUCCAGAAGGAAGCCACAGAUGCCUCGUUUUCGGAUGCCAUGAGCUUCUCCAGCUACACCAGCAGCACUUUUAGCCGCAAGCUGCACCCCUUCAACACUGCCACCAGUGUGCCAUACUCACAGGCUACCAUUCAUGCCACAGCCAGGGGCAAAACCAAGAUCCAGAAGAAGUUGGAAAAGAAGAAGCAGGGUGAUGGGACCUUUAAGAUCUAUGAAGAUGGAAGAAAAAGUGUGCGCUCUCUUUCUGGCCUACAGCUGGGUAAUGAUGUCAUGUUUCUAAAGCAGGGUACCUACGUAAACCCAAAAGACCGCGGUCGGCGAAACGUCCGUGAUAUGUUCCCACGGGAUAACGAAGAUGCCAUCUCACGUGCCAUCAGCGAGCCAGACCUGCACGGGGCGGACAUGGACCACUCAGAGAUCAGCACCGACUCAGGCCAUGACUCGCUUUUCAACCGUCCAGGCCUGGGUACUAUGGUCUUCCGGCGGAACUAUGUGAGCGGGGGACUCUUUGACAUAGGCUCUCGUGAUGAAGGCAGCAUGGCCGGCAGCGGGAGGGCACCGAACGUUCGUCUGCGGAGCCGCCUUCAGCGAUCUCCAAGUCUAGAUGAAGACAGCAUCGGCAGCGCUCGUAGCCUCCAAGCGAGGAACAUUGAGGAGCUUCCAUGGGAUGAGGUGGAAUUAGGACUGGAUGAUGAUGAUGAGCCAGAGAGUAGUCCACUUGAGGUAUUCCUGGCUGCCCAGUACAUGAACGAGUUCCUCCCUAUUUUUAAGCGAGAAAAGAUUGAUCUGGAUGCACUGCUGCUGUGCUCUGACAAUGACCUCAAAAGCAUUCACAUUCCUUUGGGACCCCGUAAAAAGAUCAUCGAUGCGUGUAAGAGACGCCUGGACACCAUCGAGGAUCCCGACAGCAUAGAAGACACGGAGCUAUAGCACAAAGGACUUGUUGCUCUAUCAGUUUGGCCAUACUGGUGGUAUAGGUCUCGAUUCACAUGCAACAGAACAGAAAGACAAUCACACUGAAAAGAAGUGUAACCUUUCUGUGGAUUUCGAACAAGCAUAUCUCAUUCCCAUAGGAAUAAAUUUUGCAUAUGAGACAGACCAGACAGUAGUGCUUGUUGACUGGCACACACAAGGAAAGAAGCAUGCCAGCAGUAACAGCUGAAUCAAGCUAAGGUUCCAUGAAUGCCAUACAUAACUGUAAAAGCCCUACUGAGAAUCCUGAUGAAGUCAGACCCAAACAAAAUUAUUCUUAUGAUGUGUCUGCCCCUGUGGGGCAUGAGUCUUAGUGCCUGUGCUUCCAGUGCAUGUACAUAUCUCUGUAAAUCAUAUCUAUUUCAGGCAUGAUGUACUGUAUUAUAAGAUAUUUUUAUGACAUAGAUGUAGAAGAUUUUAAUGAACAUAAGAAAUGCAUCAGCAGAUUUGAAAAGCUUGGGUUUCAAAUGCAGGAACCUUCUACACACUGCCUAAGUCAUGUCCAACACAGACUAUAUGUCACCAAUAUACAUGGCAACAAAUGUCUUUGGAGCAUUGUCUUUAGGGGUCAGUGAAUGCCUAUACUUUGGAUGUAUUGUGAACCUCCAUUUUGUUUGUUUACAUUUGUCAAGCCAUACUUCUGUUAAAGACUUGGGCAUGGGACAUACUUUUUGGCGAUACAUAAAUCUUACUCCUGCUAAUUUUUUUUUGCCCUCAUGCCAUAUUACUAGAGAGAAAUUUUCUUACAUAACAUCUCACAUAAACCUAUGUAUAUUUGGGAUACAGGACCUGUACAGAUUUAAAUGCAUUCUAACCUAAAUAUUAUGUGCUCUAUCUUCUGUGAAUAACAUUGUUCAUAUAUGUUUUAUAUAAUUUCAUAAAAUGUAGCAAUAAAAGAUGCUUAAAAUCCAUGAAAUUUUAUAUUAUGUUUUUGUGCAUACUUGAAGACAAUAAAC